AUGGCAAACUUAAUUCCCUCUAAAUACACCGACAACUAUCACCUAGAGAGUUACGGUACCCAAAAUUUUGAAAUUCUAUCUACACUCCUUUAUGACCCAUGUCUAACUGGUUUCAAUCUUAAAAUUGAAAAACCAUACGAAUAUGAGAUAAUUUCCCCACUUGUUGGGUGCACCAAGACAUAUCAGGACAUGGUCAGUGCCGAUGAAACAUUCUCAGACCAACAAAUUGAAAGCUUUGUGAAGGACAUUACAAACCCCAUUAUUCAUCGAUUGAAUCCAUCCCUUGAGAAAAUCUCCAGAGAAUUUAGAAGGACUACCAAUUUAUUCGAAUUAUUUUACAAUAGGUUCCUUCUACUCGACCGUCAAUAUGAAAGAGUUAAUUACACACUCCGUUUCUUCAAUUGGAAUUAUCAUAUUGGGUUUUAUGAACUUCUCGAAAAGUUAAUCAAUGCAUUACCUACAACAGAAAGCGUUGAUUCACUGGAGCAAAAGAUGUCGUUACUUUUGACUCAACGUGAUACAUACAAAAUGAGAGUUUUAGCUGCCGCUGACGGAACUGUAAAGGUCGAAGCUCAUUUAUUAUCAGUAGAAAAACCAAUUUAUAAUUCAACAUCAGACUACUUUAUUAAAAGGUUUCUUUCUCCAUGGAGUCCAAAACCAACUUCUGAAUCUUGGGAUGUUUUUAUUAAUGAUAAACCAACAAAGGUCUCUCCAUUUACUUCUUUCAAAACUACAAAUCGAAAACAUUACACUCAAGCAAGAGAUUUUAUGAAUGUUGUUUCGACAAGUUUCAAGAGUAAGAUAUCAACAAACCGGAAGUCUGAAGUACUUAUUUACAAUGAUAAAAAGCAAUUAAUGGAAGGGUCUAUAACAAAUGUGGCAAUUAAGAGAAAAACAGAUGGCGUAUACGUCACACCACCCCUAACAUCUGGAUGUUUAUAUGGUACAAUGAGGAGUUAUUUACUCUCAGCAGGUCUGAUUGAAGAAGAAGAUAUCAAUAUUGAAAGUCUAAGAAACGGAGAAGAUAUCAUACUCUUUAAUGGGGUCAUGGGUUGUGUAGAAGGAACUAUUAGAAGGACAGAUUUUUAA